UGCAUCCUGGCGAUAUUAAAUUUGAUUCCUCUAAUUAAAUAGGCUCACACAGUAACAAAUUAAUUUGCAUCUUCGUCUCUCCGUGAAUUAAAGUACCUUAUAAUUUCUCCUAAUAUUUCAUACCAUGUCAAGGCUACGUUUACCAGAAUAAUGCAAGCUGUUGUAGAUAUUAGAUAACAUAGCCGACGCCUUCUGAAUAUUAAAGGGGAAGAUCCCAUCUAUAUUUAGUAACCGCGUCUUUUGACCGUUGAAAUGAACCACAUGCUAUGGAAAAUGGAGGCGCAUGCUUCGUUACCACGACAACCGAUUCGCUUAAUCGUACACAAAGCUCCGAUCAGCACAAAUAAGCCUACCAUUAGUCACUUUUUGUUCAUAGAACCUUCCUCGCUAAUAUAAUUGAACUCUGAUUAUAAAAAGUAUUUCUGUGAAUCUAUUACGUGCUUCGUACAAAAGAUUUGGAAAUUUCAUCAGCAUCCUAACGAAGUUAUAUUGAUCGAGAGUUUUAGUGAUUGUACUACGUCGAUGUAUUUUAACAAUACCAGGAAUAAACAAAUAUCGUGGAUCUAAGCUAGUUUUCCUUUCUGUGAGUUUGUGAAUCUAAUUCGAUUAGAUUCUUACGUAAAUUGAUCAUGUCAGUCGAAGGUGAAUUCUUCCUCUCGAUCACAGGAUCCAUCGAACACGCGGAGUUUUACGAUGUUGACAACGCCUACUGCAAAUACGGAUUUCACUUUGGUCCCGAGUGGAGCGUAGUUGCCGGUAUCGAGGAAGGUUUGACGCAGAUGUGCAAGUGUAGCAGCGAUCCACGAAAUCUGGCAGUCUGGAAUUUUCCGCUAGAAGUCACGUUCAAGAGUACUAACCCGCAUGGAUGGCCUCAGUUAAUAAUGUCUGUUUAUGGCUUGGACAUCUUCGGCCACGACGUCAUCAGAGGAUAUGGAGUGUGUCAUUUGCCGCUAAAAACAGGUCAACACGAGAAAAGAAUAUCCGUGUACGUGCCGGAGUCCUCCUCGACGUUGCAACGAUUUGCGGCCUGGUUAACCGGAAGAAGGCCAGAACUAAUUGAUCCGGCGAUAUUGGCUUCUGGUGACGGAAGGGAACUCACGCGCAUGAGAGUGGAGGGUAUUGUUACCGUAACAUUCAACGUGGUGCUGAAAGAUUUCUUCAAGUUGGGCUACAACAAUGGCGAGCAACGUAACAAGUAAUGAGAUUUGUUGGCCGACGUAAAACGCCCUCGAUUACGACACUAAUAUUUCCUUUUUGCUUCCCGCGUCGGCGGCUCCGUAUCUCGUGUCAUCUUUCUCCGCACUAUGUUUCUUUGACCGUGACGCGAAUUUACAAGUUAAUAUUCGUGGAUGUAUCUUAUUUUCCACACCUGAAAGCGAACGACUAGAUUUGUGAAAAAUGAAAAGGCAAUGUUUAAUUGAAAUUAGAAAUCGAACAUGUACUUGUGAGUGUGAGUAAUGUUUUGUCGAGGAGGAGCGAGUCUUCGUGUAACGUAAAAGUAUCGUAUAUACUGACCGAUGAAUUAACCUUUUCAUCGAUCCCUAACACCAAAUGUGGUUGAAAGAAUGUUUAACGUUUUAUAACAUAAAUUGUAACUUGUAAAUAAUAUUGGGAUAUAUUUGGUAUUUUUUCCAUAUGUUGGGGGUUUUUCUCGCCUAUUUCGCUCUUUUUGAAAAAAGAAAAAAUAUUUACACUAUCAAAUAAAACGAUAUAUGAAUGUCAUCAUCAUCAACCGAACAAGUAAUUCCACUUGUAUUGUAUUUUUGUUUUACCUUCUUUUUUUUUACAACAUUUACCGUUAUUGCACAAAGAGAAGAGAACUAUGUCGCUUUAUCAAUUUUUCUUUGACCCUUUGUCGAUAUCACUAUGCUCCCAUUGCCAGAGUGUGUGAAUCGCUUCAGCAAAUCACUUUGUGUUUCUGUUCUCUGCCUGAAAUAAAAGAUAAACUAGACAGAAACAGCAGUAUAGAAUUGUCGAUGACAUUUGUCAUGCAAUUUUUCAGUGAUCUCGGAAACAACGAGAUUUCCAGACAACGAAAAGAAAUCAUUUCGCGCGACGACGCUUCGACUUGUAUUUUGUUAAUUUAUUCACGCUAAAACAAGCGCGAUAAUUUUAAUGGAACUACGGGUACACACCGUAGGAAAAUGUCACGAGUAAAAUGUAAAUUAAGGAGCAACGACUCAAGAAGAUCUGAUGCCUUUAGAUUAAACCGCGCAAUUAUCGCAAGAAAAAUAAACAACACGAAGUAUAAUCCCAAGUGGGAAUAAUUUAAAUGUGUAAAAUUGAACAGGUAGGCAUCCCCUCCGCCAAUAUCGUAUUAACGUUUUGUGGAUUUUACGAGGACGUCUGUAUCAAUUAUUCCUGACUAAUACUCAAUUCUUUACACGGCUGUCGUAAUGUCAGAUAAGAUUAUGUGAUUCUAAUAACUGUAGCUUGACCCAUUAAGUUUUUGCAAAACAAAAAUUGGCACGAAGUGGUUUAGAUUUUGGAUGAGUAAUGGUAUAGAUUUUAUCAAGAAAUUCAGAAAAUUUCUAUGCAUAUUGGCUGGCGAAAUUACACGUACACUUGUCAACUAGUUUUAUGAACAUAUUAUGCGUUCGAUUGUAUGAAACAUUUUCAAAUUUCAUUGGCACUGUAAUGAUACCUAACUAACAUAAUUAUUUAUAUCAUAAAAGUAUUUAAGUAGGCAAUCAUUCACAAUAAUCAGUGUAAUCGUCUUUAACGCUCACUAUACGUUUCUAAGGAAAGUAUUCACACAGUAUAUUAAUAUUUUAUUAAUUAUAAG